UUGAACUGAGAUAUUCAGUAUGAAAAUUAAAGAUUAACAUCAGACAUAAUCUUGGACUACCACCUUAAACAGCGCAAGAGAUUGGUUACUCAUGUGGAAGCGUCAAUUAUCUGUGAAUCAGUCUUCCAAGCAUCUCAGAGCAGAUAAGUGUUUGCAAAGACUUCGGGGGAAAGCAGCGUACUGAAUAGUUACAUCCAACUCUGAAGCCAGUACAGGAAUCAUUCACCAUUGUCCAAAUAUGGACCAGAAGGAAUUGGUUUUAAGUGGGUGCUCGCAGAGUGACCAUCAUACCCAUCCUCCAGAGGGCACAAUAGAUCCUAUCAGCGGUGAAGCUGACGAGAAUGUGGAACGGGGUAACUGGUCCUCAAAGACUGACUACUUGCUCUCAAUGAUUGGCUGUGCUGUGGGUCUGGGCAACAUCUGGAGGUUCCCUUACCUGGCUUACAGAAAUGGAGGAGGCACAUUCCUAAUUCCCUAUGCCAUCACAUUGGUACUUGUUGGGAUGCCAAUGUUUUUCUUGGAUUCUUCGCUUGGGCAGUUUGCCAGCCUCGGACCUGUUCCAGUGUGGAAAGCUGUGCCAAUAUUACAAGGUGUUGGUAUAACCAUGGUCCUUUUUGGUGCAAUCUGUGAGGUUUACUACUCCUGCAUCCUCGCCUACAGUCUGUACUACCUGUUUGCUUCCUUCCAAUCACCCCUGCCAUGGGCAGACUGCUUCAGUUGGUGGGGAGCAGAUGAAACAUGCAGCAGGACUCCCAAAGAUCCACUCUGCAAUUUCACUCUGGAUGGUGGAUCUUUUGAAAUCGUUAAUACAACAUGGCUGCAGGCAAACAAUGAAACUUGUCCAAAUGGAUCAGAAAUCUCCAUUCCUCACCAGGGUCCGAGUGAGCAAUACUGGGAUAAAGUGGUUUUACGCCGUUCCAGUUCAAUGGAUGAGACUGGGGAGAUAGUCUGGUAUUUAGCCCUCUGUCUGCUUCUGGCCUGGCUGAUAGUUGGGGCAGCAUUAUCGAAAGGAAUCAAAUCUUCAGGAAAGGUGGUUUAUUUCACUGCGACAUUCCCUUAUGUGGUUCUGACCAUUCUCCUAAUUCGAGGGAUUACCCUGGAGGGAGCUUCUAAAGGAAUUGAAUUCUACAUCGGAAGCCAAUCAAACUUCUCCAGGCUGGCUGAUGCUGAGAUCUGGAAAGAUGCCGCAACACAGAUUUUCUAUUCUCUUGCAUUGGGUUCUGGCAGUUUAAUAACUCUGUCAUCCUACAACAAGUUCCACAACAACUGUUACCGAGACUCCAUCAUUGUCUGCAUUGUAAAUUGUGCUACGAGUGUGUUUGCUGGAUUUGUCAUCUUCUCCAUCCUUGGACACAUGGCUCAUGUACAAGACAAGCCUGUUUCAGAGGUUGCACAGUCAGAUUUUGGUUUGGUCUUCAUUGCCUACCCAGAGGCCCUUGCACAGUUGCCAUGGGCGCCGUUAUGGUCCGUUUUAUUUUUCCUCAUGCUGUUCACUCUGGGACUCGACACUCAAUUUGCGACUGUGGAAACAAAUAUAACCAUUCUACUGGAUCAGUUCCCUAAAUUUCUACGAUCAAAGCGUCUUUACCUGACCAUUGGUGUUUGUUUGUUAUUUUAUUUCCUUGGCCUUGUAUACGUGACACAGGCUGGAAUUUUCUGGAUUAAUUUUAUUGAUUAUUUCUGUGCUGGAUGGAUUCUGAUUACAACUGGUCUGCUGGAACUCAUUGGCCUGAGUUGGAUCUAUGGGUUAAACAGAUUCAUCAAGGACAUUGAGAUGAUGAUUGGGGAAAGGACUUGGCUCUUCUGGCUGUGGUGGAGAGUCUGUUGGCUUUUGAUCACCCCGUGUGUGUUGACAAUAAUUCUAAUCUGGUCCUUAGCAGUGAUUGCCCCUCCAACGUAUGGAUCUAUUGAAUACCCUGUCUGGGCAAUAGCACUGGGCUGGUGUCUGAUCAUCUUCUGUAUGAUGUGGAUCCCGAUCGUGACUGUGGUGAGAGUUGUCCAAGCUGAGGGCUCCACCUUGUGGCAGAAAUUAUCUUCUGCUUGUGCAUCAUCUCCUGACUGGGGUCCAUACUUGGAAAAGCACAGAGGAGAAAGAUACAGCAGAAGGCCUGACUAUACAGGAAUCCCAAACCAGCAAUUUCUUACUUUGCCCGAGAUGAAAUUUUAAACGAUAAUCUCCUAAAUGAAAAGCAAUGAGCGUGCGAGAGGGAAGCAGCACCAGUAAUAUCAUCAACAUACCGGAGAAAGAGUUGUGGAUGGGGGUCAGAGAAGGACUGGAAGAAGGAAUGUUCCGUUUACCCCAGAAAGAGAUAGGCAUAAUCGGGCAGGGCCUGAUGGCCAGUUCUUAGAUAUCUCCUCAUAUCUCCUCCUGGUCCACGACCCCACCAUGGAACAUCAGGCAACCAUGUCCACAAUAGUCACUGACCUCGUUUCAUCUGGUGACUCACCACUAAUUUUAAAUAAUAAUCUGCAUUCCUUGUUUUGCCCUCAACUGCACGUUUAUCUACAUUAUAUUAUAUCUGCCAUGCACUUGCUCACUCAACUAAAAUAAACUCAUGAUGAGAACUUGUGGACAUCACAGGCUCAAGCAGCUGAGUGAUUAUUGACCAUUUGGAUGUUCACAGUGGGGUGCAGAGCUGGGAAUUGUAUCUGAAACAAGGCUUUAUAGGGGAUUAAGUGCACAUCAAGGAGAGGAAGAGAAGUAUGACUUCAGAUAAUCAGCUAGAAAUUGUACAUUGGUGUUCCAGAAUGUACUGAAUGCUUGGCAAAGCAUUUUGUAAUAAUUGUGAUUAGAUUAGAUUACUUACAGUGUGGAAACAGGCCCUUUGGCCCAACAAGUCCACACCGAUCCGCAACCCACCCAUUCCCCUCUUUACCUAACAUUACGGGCAAUUUAACAUGGCCAAUUCACCUGAUCUGCACAUCUUUGGAGAGUGGGAGGAAACCGGAGCACCCGGAGGAAACCCAUGCAGACACUGGGAGAAUGUGCAAACUCCACACAGUCAGUCGCCUGAGUCAGGAAUUGAACCCAGGUCUCUGGCGCUGUGAGGCAGCAGUGCUAACCACUGUGCCACCGUGCCGCCCAAUUGACUAAUUAAUUGAUUUUAUAACUUUCUGAAUCCAUGGUCAUUACCAUCGUGAUGGACAAUGGCAACAGAAAAAUGGGAACACUACUGCCUACAAGUUCCUCGCUAAGCCAUUUACCAUCCUCUCUUGGAAAUAUAUUGCUGUCCCCCUCACUGUUGUUUGGUUAAAAUCACUCACAACACCAUGGAUGCAACACGAUAGACUGCAGAGGUUUAAAAAGGUAGCUGACAGCCAAUUUAUCAAGACAAGGUAGCAAGAGGCGAUGUAUGCAGGCUCCGAUACCGAUGUUAACAAGUUGGGUGAAUAAUAAUGAAUUCUAUGCAAUGUAUAGUGAGCCUGAACUAUCAAGUCUCCAAUAUCAAGUUCUCAAAUUCAGAUUGGCCUUUGCAAUACCUGUCAGGUAACUGAUGCAGACAGUCUCAGUGUCCUGUUUGCUUCAAGCAACUGUUGAUAACCUUGUGGUGCAAAGUACUUGCAUUCUGAUAUUGAGUGCUCUAAGAUGAGUGCAAAUCAUCUGGAAGUAGGUUCAUGAAUGCAGAGAUACUCAGUGAACUUAGACAUCAGCUAAAUCCACACAAGUAGAACUACACACCUUUUAAACAGAUUAAGGGACAGCUUUUGAUUUAGGAGGGAUCAUCAUCUGGUGAAGAACUGAGUAACUUUUAUCCAUGUUCCUAGAAUGUUGCAAAAUUCAACGUGAGUAGAAGAAUCAUUCAUCACUGUCAAAAGAUGGACCAGACGGUUUAUCGGAAUUCUUACAGAAUGACCAGCACUGUCCAGUGGAAAAAGUGAAUAU